CAAAGUCACAAUCCUUUGGACACUGUUAUGCAUAGGUUUAGUGUGAAGUGAAUAUGUUUGGUAAUUGUACACCCCUUUUAUUUUUGGGGAUAUUUCUCCAAAUUUUAAAGCUGACAGAACAAAAUACCAGACAUAAAAGAAAUAUUUCACCCGAUCUUCCACGCAUCAUGACACAGAAUGGUCACCUAGUUUUCAAAUCGGGAGUCAACCAUAACAUAUCAUUCCAAGCUGUUUCAGGAGGAUUCAUCAAUGUUGGCAAUGAUGAUCUUAGUGUGAUAGUUCAGUCAGUUAAAGAUAAUAGACAAAGAAUUGAGGAGUUGAGGACAGUUUCAACUACUGCAACACCUUCUAAUUUGGCCACAAGAUUAACUGAGGUAGAGCAGAGACUUAACAGCCUACAACCUACUGGACAAGUUUUAUCUCAGUUGACUGAUUUAACCAGGAGGAUCACCAACAUAGAAACUGUGCAACAAGCUUUGAACAACAGAUUAAACCAAGUGGAACAGAGUCUGGGUAAUUCAGGCCAGAUACAGACAAGUAUAUCAAGAUUAAAUACAAGGUUUACUAGCUUGCGUAAUACGGUUGAUGGCAUUGUAACACAGGAUACCAGUCAGAAUGAAUCAGUAAGAAGAUACCAUAGAGGACGAAAUAAUACAAGAGGUGUCAGUAGAAGGAUCAGAAGACUAGAAAGGCGAGUAAAUCAGCUUAGAAGUUUACUGACAGCAGACGAGUGUAGCAGUAAUCCAUGUAGGAAUGGCGGUUCUUGUGUAGAUAGAUACAAUGGAUUUACAUGCAAAUGUCCAAAUGCAUGGCAGGGAAUAACUUGCGAACUUGAUGUCAAUGAGUGUGGUAUUUAUGCAGGAACAGAUUUAGGCUGUCAAAAUGGUGCUACGUGUGUCAAUUCUCAAGGAGGAUUUACAUGUCGCUGUACAGCUGAUUACCAUGGUGUCCUGUGUACAGAAAGACAUGAUGAUUGUACAGGAGCAUCUAAUGAACAGAUGUGUGGACAUGGUACAUGUGUUAAUAGACAACGGACACAACCAAAUAUGCCUAAGUAUACCUGCAUUUGUGAUGAUGGGUGGACAAAGUCUGGAUCUGAUCCUGCGUGUACUGUGGAUGUGGAUGAAUGCAAUGAAAGAUCAAAUGCAUGUUCAGUUGACCCUCAAGUUCCUUGUAUAAAUCUUCCUGGAACUUUCAGUUGUGGUCAGUGUCCAGCUGGCUAUGUUGGUAAUGGCUUCUCUUGUGCCGAUAUCAAUGAAUGUGCCAAUAACAAUGGUGGAUGUUCUUUAGUUCCUCGUGUAGAUUGUACCAACACACGUGGAUCAAGAUCUUGUGGACCUUGCCCAUUAGGUUACCAAGGAAAUGGAGUCACAUGUUCCUGGGUUGGUCUGUGUGGGACAAAUAAUGGAGGAUGUCAUCCCAUGGCUGUUUGUUCUGAAAAUCCAGGGUUUGGUGGAAGAAUGUGCACCUGUCGUCAAGGCUAUGUAGGGAAUGGUAUUGGAGCCAGUGGAUGUGUACAGCAGGGACCCACUACUGGAGCAUGUGCUAGUAACCCAUGUAGAAAUGGAGGCCUUUGUCAGAAUUCUGGAUCCUCCUUCAGUUGUGUCUGUAAUCCAGGAUUUGGGGGUGUGAGAUGUGAUACGAAUAUUAACGAGUGCUCCAGUAACCCAUGUCAGAAUGGUGGCACAUGUGUAGAUGGCGUUAAUGGUUAUAACUGUCAGUGUACUGGUACCUUCUCUGGUUCAAACUGUCAGGAACAACAACAGUCAUGUGGAGGAACACUGACUGAAGAAUCUGGUACCCUUGUAUAUCCAUUAUCAACUGGUACAUCAUAUCCACAUGGUGUAAACUGUGCAUGGGAGAUCAGAGGGGCAGUAGGAAAGAUACUGAUGUUAACCUUUACACAGUUCAACAUUGAGCAACAUUCUAACUGUAACUUUGAUUACCUACAAAUACAUGAUGGACCUACAGCCUCCCAGCACAGGAUCGGGAAAUAUUGUGGAACAACACUACCUAAUGGUGGAACAAUAAAUACUACAACACAUGAAGCAUACCUGUGGUUCCAUAGCGAUGAAAGUAUUGCACGUGAUGGCUUUACAGUCACCUGGAGAUCUGUUAUACCAGUUUGUGGAGGUGAAGUUACUGGAAACAACCAUGGCAUGAUUAAUAGUCCUGGUUACCCUGGCAACUACCCUAACAACAGGAACUGUGUGUGGAGAAUUUCUGUUGAUCCAGGAAAUAAUAUAGUGUUUGCCUUUGCUUUCCUGAAUUUGGAAAGCCAUGUCAAUUGUAGUCAUGACUACUUACAGAUAAGGGAUGGUUCCACAGAUGAUUCCAGAUUGCUGGGUACCUAUUGUAAUAGCAGUAUUUUACCAGCACCUCUGACCACUACUAGUCCUCAUGGCUAUGUAUUAUUACAUACUGAUCACAGUGUUACAAGAAAAGGAUUCAGCCUUACUUAUGCAGGGGUUUCAGCUGGACCACAGUGCGGAGGAACCCUAACAGAUGCCAGUGGUUCAGUGAUGUCCCCUAACUAUCCAAGUCCAUAUAAUCAUGAUGCCACCUGUGUAUGGGUCAUUUCAGUACACGAAGGUGACCAGAUAACCUUGACCUUUGCUGCCAUGGAUUUGGAACAACAUAAUGAUUGCCAGUAUGACUAUGUUUUGGUAAGAGAUGGAUCUGAUGAGAAUGCAGAUCUUUUAGGUCGUUGGUGUGGUAAUGAAGUCCCUGCAGUUUUGACCUCAACGGGAAAUAAUCUAUAUAUAGAAUUCAGAUCAGAUGUCUCAACAGCAGGAAGUGGAUUCAAAGCUGACUACACUACAGGUUGUGGAGGAACAUUUACAACUGAGGAAGGGACCAUUCAGUCGCCAUACUUCCCAGAUGCCUAUCCUGGCAACAAAGAAUGUAUCUUUAUCAUUAGUUUACCUGCUGGCAGUAGGAUCACCUUGACCUUCAGUUCUUUUGAUGUUGAAGACUCAUCAGAUUGUAGCUACGAUUAUGUAGAGAUUCGUGAUGGAACAAGUGCUGAUUCAGCAGUUCUCAAUAAGUUUUGUGGAAGUCAGGUUCCAGACCCUGUAACAACAACACAGAACAGCAUGUGGGUAAAGUUUGUCUCUGAUGGUUCUGUCCAUAAUACAGGAUUCCAAGCGACAUAUGCUGCCAGCAGUGCAGCCUGUGGUGGUGUACUGACAGAGGAUACAGAUAGUUUUACAAGUCCAGGUCAUCCUAACACUUAUCCACAUGGAGUUAACUGUACAUGGCAGAUACGAGUCAGUCCUGGUCACGUCAUACGUCUGACAUUUAACACUUUCAGCAUUGAAGAUAAUUCUGGCUGCCGUUUUGAUUAUGUACAGGUUUUUGACAAUGCAACAGCGACUCCUGGCAGUGGUUUGGGAAGAAAAUGUGGCUCUACAAUCCCACCAGUGUUGACAUCCUCAGACAAUGUAAUGACCGUGGUGUUUGCGUCUGAUAACAGUAUAGCACAUGAAGGAUUCUCAGCCUCUUAUGUUGCUCUUAAUGCUUCAACAUUAUGUGGUAACCCUUUGACAGAUCGUACAGGACUUAUUUCCAGUCCUAAUUACCCUAACAACUACCCCCACAACAGGGAGUGUGUAUGGACAAUUACAGCUAAUGAUGGGAACCAGAUUUUACUAAAUGUUACAGAUUUUGAAUUGGAAACACAUGACUCGUGUACUUUUGACUUUUUAGAAAUCAGAAAUGGAGGAUACCAGACUUCACCUUUACUUGGAACAUACUGUGGUACAACGAUUGAUCCAAUAAUACGUUCCCAUAGCAACCAAAUGUACAUCAAAUUUAAGUCUGACUACUCACGAUCUGCAAAAGGAUUCCAGAUAUAUUAUGAUUCAACAGCCUCUGGUUGUGGAGCUGAUUUGACUACACCAACUGGUAGUUUUGUUUCUCCUAACUAUCCAGCACCAUACAGUCACAAUGCUGAAUGUUUUUGGACUGUAACUGUCUCCAGAGGGAGUACUAUAACAUUGGUCUUUGUGGACUUUGACCUGGAAAAUCAUCACAGAUGUACAUAUGAUUAUGUAAAGGUUCGAGAGAAUGGACCACAAGGACAGCAGCUAGCUCAUUAUUGUGGUUCACAGCCACCAGAACCUGUGACCUCCAACACUAACAAAAUAUGGAUAAAAUACAGGACAGACAACUCCGUAUCAGGAAGGGGAUUUCAUGCUACAUACUUUUCUAAUUGUAAUGUGAGACUGACAUCAUGGAGUGGUGUGAUAGAGAGCCCUAAUUUCCCUAAUGCCUACUAUCACAACAGGAACUGUACCUGGACUAUAGAGACCACUAUGGGGAAUACUAUAAAUGCUUCAUUCUCACACUUUGACAUAGAAUCACAUUCUAGUUGUCAGUAUGACUAUUUACAGAUACGUGACGGUGAAAACAUGGAAGCUAAUGAGAUUGGUCAAUAUUGUGGCAGUAGCUUGCCACCAACUAUUGCCUCAACUGGAAAUACACUGUGGCUCAACUUUAUGUCAGAUUAUUCUGUGGCUGGGAAUGGAUUUAGAUUGGAAUACAUUACAAAUGGCUGUGGUGGAUAUUUAAUAUCAACAACUGGAAGUUUUACAAGUCCUAACUACCCAAAUCCUUAUCCACAUCGACGAGAGUGUGUUUGGUUGAUAUCUCUACCUACAGGCAAUGCUAUUGAACUGACUAUAGUUGACUUUGACCUUGAAACCCAUUCUUCAUGUCAAUAUGAUGUUUUAGAGGUGUAUGAAGGAUCAGACACAUCAGGACCCCAGCUGACUAAGAUUUGUCACAAACAGAAGAAACCACAGCUGCUGACAUCUAGUGGCAAUAUAAUGUAUGUUAGGUUUGCCAGUGAUAGUUCUGUCAGUGGUAAUGGAUUCAGAGUAACAUACAGAGGCAUUACAGGAGGUUGUGGUGGCAACUUUAGUACACCUACUGGUACCCUGUUGUCUAAGAACUACCCAGACAAUUACCCACAUAACACAGAGUGUGAAUGGUUAAUAACAGUACAGGAAGGUCAGACAGUUGUUAUAACCUUUGAAGACUUUGAUGUAGAAGGUGGAAGCUGUAUAUAUGAUUAUGUUGCUGGAUAUGAUGGACGAAAUAGGAACUCUACAGAAAUAUUUAGGCAUUGUGGCACAGCUGUUCCCAGUCCAAAUGUAUUUACGUCUACAGGGAACCAGAUGUUUGUCAGAAUGAGAACAGAUGGAUCUGUUUCUGCCAGAGGAUUUAAAGCUACCUACUCAACAGGAUGUGGAGGAUUAUUGAGUGCUGAAGAAGACGGAGAAAUUGUUUCACCUAACUAUCCAAAUAGUUAUAGGAUGCUGAGCAAUUGCACAUGGAUCAUAAGAGGACUUCAUUCCAAUGAUCGUGUCACCUUGACCUUUACUCACAUGGAUUUAGAGCUUUACAAUACCUGUAACCAUGACUACGUAACAGUUUAUGAUGGAGAUGAUGUGAACGGUACUGUGGUAGGAACAUAUUGUGGCAGCACUGUUCCAGCAUCUAUCACGUCACAAGGGUCAGCCAUGACAGUCCAGUUUACAUCAGAUGCAUCAGUUCAAAAGUCUGGUUUCCGAGCGCUGUAUACUAAAUCUGUGUCUAGUUGUGGUGCCAACUUCACAGCAGAACAUGGUAGUUUUACCAGUCCAGGAUAUCCUAAUGAAUACCCAAUGGACACAGAGUGUGUAUGGACUAUAUAUGCACCACCAGGAAAUAAUAUUUUAAUUGCAUUCAGUUUCUUCAGUUUAGAGGAUCAUUUACCAACUUGUGCCAUGGACUAUUUAGAGCUUAGAGAAGGAAAUGUUCAUGGCAGGUUACUAGGUCGUUACUGUGGUAACCAAGCACCAUCUAAUUUAACAGCUGUCAAUGGAUUAUGGAUAAAAUUUAGGUCUGACGAUAGUCUAACUGAACAAGGAUUUAUUGCUCAGUAUAGUACAGUAUAUGGAGGGACAUUGUCUGGAAGAUCAGGACAAGUUGCCUCCCCUAGAUAUCCUCAUGCAUACCCUAACAAUGCAGAUUAUGUAUGGACAAUUUCAACAGAUGUUGGGAGCAGAAUCAGGAUUACUUUUUUGAUGCUAGAUAUGGAACGUUAUGGUGCCAAUGAUCAGUGCACAUACGAUUAUAUUGAGUUCAGAGAUGGGGAUCAAGCUGACAGUCCUGUAUUAUUAAGUUAUUGUGGAUCAACUCUUCCUGCUCCUUUUUUAACCACCACCAAUCAGCUGAGAGUUAGGUUUUUGACAGACUUUGCUAGCUUUGGUAACGGUUUUCUGUUUAAAUGGGAGGCAACCACAGACCAGUCAGUAUCUACAACUCUAACACCAACCACAGCAACAGUGCCAGGAUGUGGGGGUGAUAUUAACCUUACACCAUCAUCAAGACAACAAACAAUUACCUCUCCUGGAUAUCCUAACGGUUAUGCUCACAACUUGAAUUGUGUCUGGAGAAUAACUGCACCAGAAGGUUUUAAAGUGUGGGCAAACAUUACUGAUAUAAGCCUUGAAUCACAUGGGACAUGUAACUAUGACUACAUUAUGCUGUCUCAAGGAGCUUUGCAAAGGAGGGAGACAUAUUUAGGAAAGUUCUGUGGGCGAGUAGCCAAUACUCAACCAAUGGUUACAGAAAUGAAUAGUCUGAUGGUUACUUUGGUAACAGAUCAGUCUGUUAACUAUACUGGAUUCUCAAUCACAGUCAAAUCAGUAUGUGGAGGCAGGAUCUAUGGAAGUAGUGGUAGGAUAGCAAGUGACAAUUAUCCCAACUCCUACCCAGCUAAUUCUAACUGUUCUUGGGUGAUUAUUGUGCCUACUGGUAGAACUGUAAGGGUCCAGUUCAAUGGAACGUUUAACAUUGCUGGAUCUGGUUCUGGUUGUCAAGGAGAUUAUAUCCAGCUUCUUACUGGUUCCAAUGAAUAUGCACCACCAAUGGGUAAUGCAGCACAAGGAAAAUAUUGUGGUACCAGUCCUCCACAACCUUUGGAAACAACAAGUCAUUUUAUGUAUGUCAAAUUUAUAUCCGAUGGGAGUAACAAUGCUGCUGGCUUUUCAAUGGUCUUCAAUGAAGUUCAGGUGACCUGUGGAGGUCAUCUGACCUUGAGUAAUUCAGUGACCAGUGGAUAUUUCACAUCACCAAAUUACCCCAGUAAUUACACACAUAAUGUGGAAUGUGUGUGGAUUAUAACAGCACCUGCUAAUGAAAGGAUUCAGAUUGACUUUGAUGAACGUUUCAGAAUAGAAAAUCAUAUGAGCUGUGGUUUUGACUUCAUUGAGUUAGGAGAUGGAGGAACAACAAAUUCCCCCUCACUUGGUAAAUUCUGUGGCAUCACUAGACCUGGAACCGUCAAGUCCACAGGGAAUGUUAUGUAUGCCAGAUUUAGAACUGAUGGAAGUGCUUUCUAUACAGGCUUCAAAGCAAAUUAUAAAAUCGCAACAUGUGGAGGAACCAUUAGGGGUCAAUCUGGAUACAUUCAAAGUCCAAACUUUCCCUCACCAUAUGACAGUAAUAUGGACUGUGAAUGGUACAUCCAUGCACCAACAGGACAUUUUAUGACCUUCAACUUUUUAUCCUUUAACCUUCAGUAUGGAAGUAACUGUACAGUGGUCGACUAUGUAGAGAUCAGAGAAUAUAAUUCUACAGGUCCAUUAUUAAAGAGAGCUUGUGGAAGCAGCACCCCAUCGUCUGUUGAUACAUCUGAUAGCUUUGCCUAUGUUAGAUUUAAAUCUAACAGUGCAUCAAAUCUAGCUGGAUUUAAACUGGCUUUCCAUGCUAGUGUUGAAGAAUGUGGUGGGUAUCUUACAACACCAAUAGGUAGCUUUUCUUCACCAAACUUCCCAGGGCGCUAUCCACAUUCAAGAACCUGUGAAUGGAAGAUAAGAGUUCCACAUGGCCGCCGUGUGACUUUGAAUUUUGACAGCUUUAACAUUGAAGCUAGCAGAACUUGUUAUGAUUAUGUUGAUGUUUAUAAUGGAAUUUUGGACGACUCUCCUCUCUCUAGAAGAGUUUGUGGUGAGACAAACCCAGGUGUUAUUCAGUCCUAUGGAAACACUAUGAAGGUUAUAUUCAGGACAGAUGGUUCUAUCAGUAACGGAGGAUUCAGGGCUUCAUAUUCAUCACAGGAAGAUACAGUUUGUGGUGGAAUCCUGAGUGAUACUAAUGGUAACAUAACCUCCAUUGGAUAUCCCAAUGCUAAUUAUAGUAACAAUGAAGAAUGUAUCUGGGUCUUUCAGAAUCCAAACAUAAAUGGUUCUACUAUAAUGUUAAACUUCAUUGACUUCAGCUUGGAGUCCCAUGGUGACUGUACUUAUGAUUUCAUAGAAGUCCGAGAAGGUACAGAUGAGAAUGGAGAACUUGUAGGAAAGUUCUGUGGAAAUACAACAUUACCAUUACCAGUGUUCUCACCAAUGCCAAACUUAUGGGUCAGAUAUAAAUCUGAUCAUUCUAAUGUGGAUAAAGGCUUCCUGAUCAAAUAUUACUUCACAGAUUGUGGUGGUAUAUUAGCAGCUCCAUCUGGUGUUAUAACUAGUCCUAACUUCCCUAACUUCUAUAACAAUAGUGACGCUUGUGCCUGGUUAAUACAACAACCAGAGGGAUACCAGGUCAAUGUACAUUUUGGAAACUUUUCAUUAGAGAGUCACCCUGAGUGUAGAUUUGAUUAUGUACAGAUAUUAAAUGGAAGACUUCCUAGUUCUCCAUCUGUUGGACAGUUUUGUGGAAACCAUACAAUAACAGAUUUUGUGUCCCAGUCGAAUGCCCUGAGGAUUAUAUUCAACUCUGAUUAUAGUAUAGGAGGAAAUGGAUUCAUGAUGUCUUACUUUCAAUCCUCUGGAGGUUGUGGUGGUUUGUUACAUCAGAACACUGGCAGAAUUACCUCCCCUAACUACCCACAGAGUUAUCCCCACUUGUCUGAAUGUGAAUGGGACAUCAAUGUGGAGAGAGGGUAUCAUAUCAUCCUAAACUUCAUUCCACCAUUUGACCUUGAGGCUGAACCUUCUUGUGAUUAUGAUUAUGUAGAGGUUGAUGAUUCUCUACCAAACAACACAUUAGUACCACAUGGUAGAUGGUGUCAUAAUCUAACGCCACCUAAGCAGGUUUCUAGCAGUAAUCGUAUUGUUGUAAGAUUCAGAUCAGAUAGGAAUACAAAUGGUAAUGGAUUUGCUGCUAACUGGACUGUUGGUUGUGGGGCUGUAUUUAUGGAUGAUAAUGGUGUAUUUGUCUCACCUGGAUAUCCUAAUAACUACGGACCUAACUUAGUCUGUAACUAUACCAUCAUGUCCAAUCCUGGAAGGUUUAUAGUUCUACAGUUUAACAGAAUAUUUGAUAUAGAAGGACCCGCUAGUUGUCCAUAUGAUGCCUUGACAGUAUAUGAAGGGAACAGCACAGCUGGUACUCAACUAGGACAAUUCUGUGGAACAACUGUUCCCCAAGCAGUUAGUGGAAAAGACUCUUUGUUUGUACAGUUUAAAACUGACGGUACUGUCCCAGGCAAAGGGUUCUGGGCAAGCUAUAGGGUAUCAGAUUGUGGAGGAGAAUUUACUGACCCAUUUGGAUACAUCCAAACACCAACACAUCCUACAAGUUACCAUCAUAAUGCUAAUUGUACUUGGCUUAUUACAGUAGAGGAAAACAGAAUAGUCAGCUUAAAGUUUAACUCCUUUGAAUUAGAAGCCCACCAAACAUGUGACUUUGACUAUGUAGAUGUUUAUGAUGGUGGAGAUCUGUCCUCACCAAUGAUUGGACGAUUCUGUGGGGAGGUAGUACCAGAUGUACUAAGAACAACUGGCAAUCAAAUGUUGAUUAACUUUGUUACAGAUUUUUCAGUUAGUUUGGCAGGAUUUACAGCUACCUAUAGAACUACUUAUGGUGAAUCUCAGGGAUGUGGAGGUGUAUUAAACAGUACAUCAGGUAGAAUAACCUCUGUUGAUUCUGAUGGUAACGGGAAAUAUGAACACAAUUUAGAUUGUCGAUGGAUCAUCAUUGUCGGGGACAACAAAAUAGUCAAGUUGACUGUCGAAGGACUGGGUGUUGAGAGUCAUUCAACAUGUUAUUAUGAUUUCUUAGAGAUAAGAGAUGGCUUUUAUAUGGAUGAUCCAUUGAAGGGAAAAUACUGUGGAGAUACAGUUCCCCCAAUCAUACGUUCCACUUCUAAUGUUUUACUGGUUAGGUUUUAUACAGAUAGUUCUGUAGAUGGAGCAGGAUUUAAUGCCACUUAUGUCCAAGAAGAUGCACUGUGUGGUGGGACACGUACAGCUACAGACAGUCCACAGACAUUGACGUCACCAGGUUAUCUAAGUUCUGUAUUCCAGCCAAUCCAAUGUCGCUGGACAAUAGAUACUCCCGAAUCUAACCAACAAGUUCGCCUCACCAUGACAGGCUUGGCUCUUAUGACUCAAACCUCCUGCACUGAUGAAUAUGUUGAAUUUAGAGAUUCACCUAUGGGCACUAUGGGUCAGUCUGUACAUUUCUGUGGAAGUACAAUGCCUGGUCCAUUUGAUUCUGUAGGAACUACUGUGCAAGUUAAUCUAGCCAUGAUGGGGAGGGCUAGCAGUAAUGGUUUCUCACUUAAAUACCAGAUUGCUAGUUGCAAUAGAACUUACAAUGGUAACAGCGGUCAGAUAUAUAGUCCCGGAUGGCCAGGGAACUACCCUGUAGAUAGUUACUGUGAGAUAGCAGUGACCAGCCCUCCAGGAACAUCAUUAUCUCUAUACUUCAACUCAUUCCAGAUAGAAAGACAUAGAAGUUGUCAGUAUGAUGGUUUAUUGAUACGGAAUAGUUCAAGUGGAACAGACAUAGCUACAUUAUGUGGAAUGGCUUUACCAGACCCUAUCUUUGCACAAGGGAAUAGAUUGUGGAUGAAGUUUUAUACAGAUAGUUCUAUUACACAUCCUGGUUAUUCUAUAUCCUACACAGCUUCUUAUAAUGGUAUUGGAUGUGGAGGAAAUAUAACUGGUGUUAAUGGUAGCUUGACAAGCCCUGGUUUCCCUAGCAACAACACCUUGCGUCAGACCUGUGGCUGGUUGUUGUCUGCACCAGCCAGGAGGACUAUCACUGUCAGAUUUACAAGUAUAAAUGUUUUCGGAACAGCACAGUGUGAUACAGAUUACGUAGAAGUUUACAAUGGUGGAAGUGAAUCUAAUCCUAAAUUUAGUCGUUAUUGUAGUAGUGAAACCAUUGCACCAUUGCAAGCUGAUACAAACCAAGUUUAUGUCAAGUAUGUUUCCAGUGGAUCAGGAUCAGCGCCAUUAUUCAGACUUGUUUAUACCAGCUAAUUCACAUUUAUUUAUCACUUCACUCAAAGUUAUAUAAUUCAUGUCAUAUUGUUUCCCUUAAUUUCAUUUGUAACUUUUAUUUAUCUGAGAGAUAAUUAUCUUUCAAUUAAAAGUCAAUUGUCA